ACCAGAUGGGGGCCCAAGAUGGCGGAAGUGGACGUCCCUUCGAAGUUGUCAGGAGUUCCUCCGCCGUCGGAGGUGGUGGGAGGAGGUUGCCGCUCGGAAAUCUCCACCGAGCUUAUUUGCUCCCUGACAGAACUGCAGGAGCUGGAAGCUGUGUACGAAAGGCUCUGCGGCGAGGAGAAAGUGGUGGAGAGAGAGCUGGAUGCUCUUUUGGAGCAGCAAAACACCAUUGAGAGUAAAAUGGUUGCUCUCCACAGAAUGGGUCCCAACCUUCAGUUGAUUGAGGGAGAUGCAAAGCAGCUGGCUGGAAUGAUCACCUUUACCUGCAACCUCGCUGAGAACGUGUCCAGCAAAGUCCGUCAGCUUGACCUGGCCAAGAACCGCCUCUAUCAGGCUAUUCAGAGAGCUGACGACAUCCUGGACCUGAAGUUCUGUAUGGAUGGAGUUCAGACUGCCCUGAGGAAUGAAGAUUAUGAGCAGGCCGCAGCCCAUAUUCACCGUUACUUAUGCCUAGACAAGUCCGUCAUUGAGCUCAGCCGGCAGGGCAAGGAAGGAAGCAUGAUUGAUGCCAACCUGAAAUUGCUGCAGGAGGCUGAGCAGCGUCUCAAAGCCAUUGUCGCAGAGAAGUUUGCUAUCGCUACCAAAGAAGGCGAUUUGCCCCAGGUGGAACGUUUCUUCAAGAUCUUCCCACUGCUGGGUUUACAUGAGGACGGACUGAGCAAGUUCUCAGAAUACCUUUGUAAACAGGUGGCCAGUAAGGCUGAGGAGAACCUGCUUUUGGUGCUAGGGUCAGACAUGAGUGAUCGAAGAGCUGCAGUUGUCUUCGCAGACACACUCACUCUCCUAUUUGAAGGGAUUGCCCGCAUCGUGGAAACCCACCAGCCCAUAGUGGAGACCUAUUACGGACCAGGGAGACUUUAUACCCUGAUCAAAUAUCUUCAAGUAGAAUGUGACAGACAGGUGGAAAAGGUGGUAGACAAAUUCAUCCAACAGAGGGACUACCACCAGCAGUUCCGGCUUGUCCAGAGCAACUUGAUGAGAAAUUCUGGAGCAGAAAAAAUUGAACCAAGGGAACUGGACCCUAUCCUAACUGAGGUCACCCUAAUGAAUGCCCGCAGUGAGCUGUACUUACGCUUCCUCAGGAAGAGGAUCAGUGCAGAUUUUGAGGUGGGAGACUCCAUGGCUUCAGAAGAAGUAAAGCAAGAGCACCAGAAGUGCCUGGACAAACUCCUCAAUAACUGCCUGUUGAGCUGUACCAUGCAGGAGCUAAUUGGCUUAUAUAUUACCAUGGAGGAAUACUUCAUGAGGGAGACUGUCAAUAAGGCUGUGGCUCUGGACACCUAUGAGAAGGGCCAGCUGACAUCCAGCAUGGUGGAUGAUGUCUUCUACAUUGUUAAAAAAUGCAUUGGGCGGGCUCUGUCCAGCUCCAGCAUCGACUGUCUCUGUGCCAUGAUCAACCUUGCCACCACAGAGCUGGAGGCUGACUUCAGGGAUGUUUUGUAUAACAAACUGCGAAUGGGCUUCCCAGCCACCACACUACAGGACAUCCAGCGUGGGGUGACAAGUGCUGUGAACAUUAUGCAGAGCAGCCUUCAGCAGGGCAAAUUUGACACAAAAGGCAUCGAGAGCACUGAUGAGGCCAAACUGUCCUUCCUGGUGACUCUGAAUAAUGUGGAAGUCUGCAGUGAAAACAUCUCCACUCUGAAGAAGACUCUGGAGAGUGACUGUACCAAGCUAUUCAGUCAAGGCAUUGGAGGGGAUCAGGCCCAGGCCAAGUUUGACAGCUGCCUUUCUGACUUGGCUGCUGUGUCCAACAAAUUUCGAGACCUCUUGCAGGAAGGACUGACAGAGCUCAACAGCACAGCAGUCAAGCCGCAGGUGCAGCCUUGGAUCAACAACUUUCUCUCUGUCUCCCACAACAUCGAGGAGGUAGAGUUCAACAACUAUGAGGCCAAUGACCCUUGGGUACAGCAGUUCAUCCUCAACCUGGAGCAGCAGAUGGCAGAGUUCAAGGCCAACCUGUCCCCAGUCAUCUAUGACAGCCUGACCGGCCUCAUGACCAGCCUUGUUGCGGUUGAGUUAGAGAAAGUGGUGCUGAAGUCUGCCUUCAACCGGCUGGGCGGUCUGCAAUUUGACAAGGAGCUGAGGUCACUCAUUGCUUACCUUACCACAGUGACAACCUGGACUAUCCGAGACAAGUUUGCCCGGCUUUCCCAAAUGGCCACGAUCCUCAAUCUGGAGCGGGUGACUGAGAUCCUAGAUUACUGGGGUGCCAACUCUGGCCCUUUGACAUGGCGCCUUACGCCUGCUGAAGUGCGCCAGGUGCUGGCUCUGCGCAAAGACUUCCGAAGCGAGGACAUCAAGAGGUUGCGUCUAUAACUGCCAUGUGGUGCCAUGUGGCCCACCAGACUUCAUGACCUGUUUUCUGAGUAGCCACAGCCAAAGAGCUGAAGGCUGUCUGGCUUGGGUUAGCCCAGACUAUGCCAUUGCUGACAGCCAGGAAACAAGAUCUGGUCCCACCCCAAAGUCCUGCCCAGUAGCUGAAGUGGCUGGAGGCAAGCAUAGGGUACUUUAGGACAGCCUUUACGAACUGGGAGAGGUAGGAGACCAAGAACCAGCAUGUGGCCCAGCCAGCCUUCCACAUGGGGUCAUUCUCUGACCUUCACACUGCAGCACUCAUGCUGCCCCUGCCAGCCGUAGAGAACUUGAGUCCAUCUGGGGACUUGGGAAUUGGGUUUGACUUCAAGGAGAAGCUGUGAUAUUUACAAAUAAACAUCAGGACAGACACUACUUGGAGAGAUGCCAUUGUGCUGGGUCCAGGGAGAGCUGCUGCUCAGGCAGAAUGGUCUGUCAAUGGCACUGAAACACAAAGUCAAAUGCCUGAGGCCUUAGCCUCCCUCAUCCAGGGAAGCACUCAGCCACUCCUGGAUGUCACCCCUCUCCUGGGCUGUCAGCACCAGGAACUGACAUUCUGGGGACAGCUUUCCAGUGCCAGAAGUGGGAAUUGCUCCCAGCAAGAAUAAGAAAGCUUUCCAAAGACAACUUUGAAGUAUAAAGAGAAUUUAUUCCAAGA